CCUAAUUCACUCCAAAUAUCGUGUGAAAAGCCGGCAGCGGAUUUCCCACUCCCUCCCGAUCUCAGUUGAAGUUUGCAGAGAUUCAAUCUGAAGAUCAAGAUGGUGAGUAAAACAGAGGAAUCACAGUUGCAGCAACUUGAGAAUCAAGUUGAAAACAGGGGUGGUGGUGCUUGGGAGUAUCUCUCUCUUGUUCGCAAGCUCAAGCUUCGACGUUCCGACAAGGUCUUAAAGCAUGGCUUAACCAUCUUAAACGACCCCAAAAAGCGCUCUGCUCUCGGCCCCGAUGAAUGGACUCUAUAUGAGCAGGUAGCUAUUGCUGCUUUGGACUGCCAAUGUCUUGAAGUUGCAAAGGAUUGCAUAAAGGUUUUACAGAAGAAGUUUCCAGACAGCAAACGAGUUGGUAGGUUAGAAGCAAUGUUGCUUGAAGCAAAGGGUUCCUGGGCUGAGGCUGAGAAAGCUUAUUCAAGUCUUCUAGAGGAUAAUCCACUUGAUCAAGUUAUUAGCAUGAGGAGGGUAGCCAUGGCAAAGGCACGAGGAGACAUUUUAGGAGCCAUUGAAUGGCUCAAUAAAUAUCUUGAGAUAUUCAUGGCAGAUCAUGAUGCCUGGAGAGAACUUGCUGAAAUAUAUGUUUCAUUGCAAAUGUAUAAACAAGCAGCUUUUUGCUAUGAGGAGUUAAUCUUAUCUCAACCAAUGAUUCCACUGUAUCACUUGGCUUAUGCUGAUGUGAUUUACACAAUAGGUGGGCUGGAAAACCUUCAGACAGCUAAGAAAUAUUAUGCCUCCACCAUAGAAUUGACGGGAGGGAAGAACACCAGAGCACUGUUUGGAAUUUGCUUGUGCACUUCUGCAAUUGCACAACUGACUAAAGGGAGGAACAAUGAGGACAAAGAGAUCUCGGGAUUGGCAGCUGCCGCCUUGGAGAAGGAUUACAAGCAGAGUUCUCCUAGCAAACUCUCUCUGCUCAGCUCUACCCUACGGAGCUUGAAAAUUCAAUAGAUGGGUUAAUAUCGACUAUUUAAACUUUUAGUUGGUUGCAUUGAAACAAGUCAAGUCAAGAAAAUCGUAGUUUGAACUCUAACUGUCAAAAAUACAGUUGAAGGGUGUGCCACAUUCAUGUUUUGGUUCUUGGUUUAUUGACAUUCUUGUUAUUUCUGUCUUGGAUUGAUGGUAAUAAUAGACAAAGCAGUUUUGAGUUGAUUCUUUCAA